AUGCGCAAGCUCGCCCUCUUCGCACUUCUCCUCGGGACCUUCGCGGCUCGCGCUGAACUGGUUCGUCGCGAUCUCCACCUUGUCCCCUCUGCAGACCUCGACACCCAAAUGCCCCAUGCUUCUGAGUCGCGCGACGACUCCGUAGCAGGGUCCUUCAAGGGUAGCAGCGGCGGUGGCGGAGGCGGCGGCGGCGGCGGCGGCGGCGGACGUGGUGGAGGCGGCGGCUCCAGAGGCUCGUCAGGCAACAAGUCCGGCAGCGGUAGCAGCGACAAGGGCUCGUCCUCGAACACAGGUGGUGGCUCCCCCGCGCCGGCAGGCAUUGUCGUAGUUGCCCCUCCUGGCAACGGGCGGGGCAGUGCCGCAUCCGCCCUCACUCCGGGCGUGCUCAGUGCUGCGUGCGUCGUUGCCGCGGUGAUCGCGACCGUGUAA